ACCCACCCCACCCCACCCCCUCCCCCUCUCCUCCAAGCAUCCACCGUCCCGGCCAAAUCAGCCCCCUCCCCCAGCUCAAGCCAGAACGCCAUUCCCGUGGAUACAGAAGAGAAGAGGAGAAUUCACCUCCCCCUAACCUCUCCGUCCCCCCCCAAAAUCCUCCGAAAACCUAAUCCUCGUCCCCGGAAAGAUCCUCCUUUUCUUGGUUUCCACUUUGCUACAGAUAAACAAAGCCAUAUAUAGCGUUUUGGCCACGUUUCUUGGCUUCCGUUGUGGGUUGUUGUUAAUUCGAGGGAGUCCAAUUCGCCUGCGACUGAAGGGGCCCGGCCAUGGCGGAGGAGGAGAGGCGGCGGCGGUUCUCGAGUCUACGCAGCGUCCGGUGGCGGGUCGAUCUCGGCAUCCUGCCGGCGUCGCCGGAGGCCUCCGUCGAGGAGCUCCGCCGCGCUGCCGCCGAUUCGCGGCGGAGGUAUGUUAGUUUGAGGCGCCGUGUUCUGGUAGACCCUCAUCUUCCAAAGGAGGAGGCUAGAUCACCUAACCUCAUCGUGGACAACCCGCUCUCUCAGAACCCAGAGAGUAGCUGGGGUCGGUUUUUCAGAGGGGCAGAGUUGGAGAAGACUGUGGACCAAGAUUUGUCUCGCUUGUAUCCCGAAGAUGGUAGUUACUUCCAAACACCUACUUGCCAGGCCAUGCUGCGUAGGAUACUGUUAAUGUGGUGUCUUCAGCAUCCAGAGUAUGGUUACCGCCAAGGAAUGCAUGAGCUAUUGGCUCCACUUGUGUAUGUUCUUCAGGUCGACAUUGAUAAACUAUCGCAAAUACGAAAACUCCAUGAAGACUGCUUCAAUGAUGAUUUUGUUGGAGUACCUUUCCCAGAUACUGAUAUGGUUUUUAGUUAUAAACCUAGAAAGGACCCAAAGUGGCAUUCAGGAACUGACAAUGAAAAUGAUUCUGAAAGUGCUUCCAGAGCUAACAGUCUUGAUGAGCUUGACUCAGAUACAAAAGAAAUAAUUUUACUUAGUGAUGCAUAUGGAGCUGAAGGUGAACUAGGCAUUGUAUUAUCUGAAAGAUUCAUGGAGCAUGAUGCCUAUGCCAUUUUUGAUGGUUUGAUGGAUGGGGGCGGUGGAGUGGUUCGCAUGGCAGAAUUUUACUCUCCAUCCAGUGUUGGAUCUAGCUCAAGUCUACCGCCUGCUAUUGAAGCCUCCUCAGCAUUGUAUCAUUUGCUUUCCAUUGUUGAGCCAUCUCUUCAUAACCAUUUCAUUGAGCUGAAAGUGGAACCUCAGUGGUUUGCACUUCGUUGGCUGAGGGUCUUGUUUGGACGAGAAUUCGGCCUCAGUGAUCUCUUAGUAGUAUGGGACAAAGUCUUCGCCUGUUCCAAUAGUAUGCUGCUAAAUAGUGAUGAGGAAUAUAGCUUUCGGAUCUUGUGUUCAGAUAGAGGGGCAUUCAUUGCAGCUAUGGCAGUCUCUAUGCUUCUUCAUGUUAGAUCGUCUCUGUUGGCUACCGAGACUGAUGUCUCUUGUCUCCAGAGAUUAUUGAAUUACCCGACGAAUGUUGAUGUGCAGAAGCUAAUUGAGAAGGCCCAGUCCCUGCAGUCUACUGCCAUUGAUGCGAACACUUCAUCCCCAUCUGUCCUAUUAAAUAGGGAUAUCGGCGAGUAUGACAGAGUUAACAGUAUUAUCUCUAUUUCAACUCCUCCGAGAACUCCAUUGCAUCCUUUAUCCGAGAGUUACUGGGAAAAGCAGUGGAGAAAUUUGCACACUGAUGGGACAUCUCCCAAGGAGACUGAGAAGGGUCAUUCUUUCAGCAGAGAAAUAAAGAAAUCCUUAAGGGAGAAGCUUGGUUUGUGUAGGACAGAGUCAGAUCCUUCUCCAGUGAAAGCAAUCAGUGUGAAAAGUGAUGCUCGGAAUUCAGCAAGGCGAUGCCUUCUGGAUACUUUAUCAGAUAGUGCGGGGAGGUCUCAUGAAAUUGCAGGGAAAAUUCAAGAAGAUGAAUUCCCUAUCGUCUCAAUUCACAAGGAGCCUCCAGUGAGUCCCGCAGAGCCUUUGCAACCAAGAGCAGCUGCUGAAAGUGUAACUGUAAGCCCACCGUGCCUGGCUAAACUCAGCCCUCUAGAAAAUCCGCUGGCUGUGCCAGCUGAUGAGAGCGCAACACAAAGGACACAAUGUGCAACAGAAGCUUGUUCUUCUAGCGGUGAGAACUCUCCAGUGUUCUAUGCAGCCGUUGCUGGUAAUGAGCAUGAGAACAUUCAAGAUAACGAUUCUGAGAGAAGUAGUGUCAUUUCAAUUUCGUAUGGUGGUGACAAUGACAGGGAUGAAAUACUGCAAGAUGAGUCAUCCAGCUGUAAUCAUGACGGCAGUAGUGUUCAAGAUUCAGAAGCAGAAACUUCUAAUAAAACUGCAGAUCCAGAUGGAUCCUCUGAAAAAACUGUGGUUCCUAAUGAAAGGAAGCCAUUUAUCAGUAAAUUUCAGUGGCUGUUGAAGCUAGGGAGACCCUCAGGUGAAGGCAACAUCGAGAAGGGUAGCGGUGAGAAAUCAGAUGCUAAAGAUGCUGUUGACCCAUCCUGCUCCGAAGGGAAUUCGAAUAACCCGCGUGGUAACGUGAAGUUGGCUGCUGGUGAUAAGAAGGUGAUGGGCACAUUUAAGAAUCUUGGACAAAGCAUGCUCGAGAAUAUCCAGGUGAUCGAGUCAGCGUUUCAGCAAGAUCGCAGCCAGCCCGGGCCGAUGGAGAACUUCUCGAACAACAUCCUGGGCGGCAAAGGACAGGUGACGGCGACUGCGGCUCUGACCGAGCUCCGCAAGAUCAGCAACUUGCUCAGCGAGAUGUAGCCACAGGCCGUCUGUUCCUGCCCAACCCCUCUCUCUAGCUCAGCAGUCGAUGGCCUGCCUGGUGAUAACAGCAAGCGAGGUGCCUCGCCCACCAUCUUGUCCACCGGUGCUCCUGCGCUGCUCCAUAUGUACAUAUAGGUUCCAUUGGAUCAUCCCAUUCGAGUCCAUCAUGUAACUAAUUAAGGCACUGUACGUACGAACCUAAGGAACUCCGAUGAAUCUAGGUGUCGCCGCGACGACGAGGCAGUAGUUUACGUCGGUCAGCGUUAGAAGGAUGUAUUUUUUGAUGGAAGAAUUUUGUAAGAUUAACUGGUCAAGGGGGAAUAAAUGGAAGGAAUAGUUCCAUUGCUUCA